AGGGUUGAUCCUUUCUCCAAAAAGGACUGGUAUGAUGUCAAAGCACCAGCAAUGUUUAAUAUCCGAAACAUCGGGAAGACGCUUGUCACCAGGACUCAAGGAACUAAAAUCGCCUCUGACGGACUGAAGGGUCGUGUAUUUGAAGUGAGUCUGGCUGAUCUGCAGAAUGAUGAGGUGGCCUUCCGUAAAUUUAAACUGAUAACUGAGGACGUUCAGGGCAAAAAUUGUCUGACCAACUUCCAUGGAAUGGACCUCACCCGGGAUAAAAUGUGCUCCAUGGUCAAAAAAUGGCAGACAAUGAUCGAAGCCCAUGUAGAUGUCAAAACCACUGAUGGUUACCUACUGCGCCUCUUCUGCGUGGGUUUUACAAAGAAGCGUAACAACCAAAUCCGCAAAACCUCGUAUGCCCAGCAUCAGCAGGUUCGACAGAUUCGCAAGAAGAUGAUGGAAAUCAUGACCCGAGAGGUCCAAACCAAUGACCUGAAAGAAGUUGUCAAUAAGCUGAUCCCAGACAGCAUUGGCAAAGACAUAGAGAAAGCGUGUCAGUCCAUUUACCCUCUUCACGAUGUCUAUGUCCGCAAGGUUAAGAUGCUGAAGAAGCCCAAGUUUGAAUUGGGCAAGCUGAUGGAACUGCAUGGUGAAGGUGGUGGUGCUGGAAAACCUUCUGGGGAUGAGGCAGGCACUAAAGUAGAGCGGGCUGAUGGAUAUGAGCCACCUGUGCAAGAGUCUGUCUGAAACUAAAAAUUGAUCGAAAAUAAAAGUUUUAAUAUACAGAACU